AUGGAGGGCUAUAAUAGUAUGAUGAGAGUAGCUAUCCAAAUUCAGUUGGCUAAAAGGUUUCAAGCCAAGGCUGACCAGGUUGCCUUUAUAAGAAUGACUUUGGUGGUUUUUGAAGCAGUCUCUUUUUAUUGUUUAUCAGUAAAUUGGAGGAAAACCAGCAUCUUUCCAAUUAAAGAAGUCCCUCAACUUCAGAGCCUGGUAGUUUCUUUUUGCCUCAAGGAGGGAGCUUCUGCAAUAGGACUCAAGGGCAUGAAAGCGGUUGCAAAAGAUUAUAUGAAAUGUGGCAGAGUCGGGAUAGCAAAGCUCUCUCCAGGUGUUACUAUCUACCUUUGUCCCCCGACCAAUGCAAUUUUCAUUAUUCUUGAAAAAUACGGUUUCUUGAAGGGAACGGCAGCUGUGGAAGGGAACUCUCAGUUGAUGAUUGGUUGUGUUGUAUGGCAGAAAAAUCGAACAGCUUUGACUUCUGUUCUUAAAAAGUCUGAGGAAAAGGCUAAUUCUUUGCAGGAGCAGCUUCAAAAGUCUCCAUCUGAUUCUUCUAGGUUGCAAGGUGGGGGACAAGGUUCUUUAUCUAUGCCAUCAGUUAAGAACUCAAACCCAUCUGCCCCACUGAGCUCUUUCUCAAAUCUUGAACAAGCAAAUGUCACUGAUAACAAGAGUAUUGAUAUUGAUUCUGCAAGCAGGACAACCUUAACAGCUUCAGGUGUGAAGUCACCACCUUUUCAGCAAAAAAAAUCUGAACUUUCCGGCUCGCAUCUUUGGGGAUCUAAAGGGCACUUGUCGAGCAGUGAAGCUUCUUGUGUGCACCAGUCAAAUGAUGAACCACCCAAGGAAAGCAGGAACCUCCCAAAACCUGUAACAUCAUUGCUGUCCAAUGCAUCAAAACGAAAAAUGGCAUUUCCAGAUGAUGACGAUCUCCCUGAGUUUGACUUUGGAACUGCUAGCGGAAUAUCUUCAAGUUCCCAUCGUUCCUAUGGAUCCAUUAUUGGCAAUAGGCUUCAACUUUCUGGAAGUAGAAUUUUAGAUAUGUCUAAACAGCCCACCAGACCUGUGGCACCUUCAGCUUGCAUGACUAUUCCUAGGCAAAUGGAAGAAAAGCAUUACAGCCAAAGUCAUGCUAUUCCAGUGACAGUUCCUGUUCGUGCAUAUGGUUCACCGAUGGUUCCGUUUCAUAGCUCGGGUAAGAAGAACUUAUUUUGUGAUGAUGAUAUUCCUGAAUGGUUGCCGCCAGAUGCUCAGAAUGAAAGAACAAAUGAACCACCAAAGACCUUUCCGCCUGAAUACCCAACCUCGAGAAUGUUGCUGCCUCUUCCUACAGGAUCAGUGUUUCCUUAUCCAUCUUCUGCCCCUACCCAUGACAGUUUUUCUUCACAACCGUCUCCUCUAUAUCAUCUGCCUGCUAAUUCCAGAGUGCCACCCCCCAUACCCUCUCAAAAAGGUCCUAGUAAUUUGACAGGAUUCACCUUUAACUCAGUUCCAAGGCCACAGUCUAGUUCUCGUGCUGCUGCAAGUUCAUUGAAGCCUGCGGAUAAAAGAGUAAGGAGGUCUUGAUACUAGCUUGUAAACUCAAUCAACAGUAAAAUGAUUCUUCGAUAAUUGUUCAGCGACAUUCUGAAGCUGUAACUAUGCAUGGACAGCUGGUCAGGUUCAUGGAUAGCGGAGUAAAUUGAGACAGUCUAUAGUUUAGAAUGCUCCACUAAUUGAUCAAGGACUGGCAAGUUGGCAGCAAGCAUUUCCUCCCCUCUUUGUCUGGAAACGCUUGUCAGUGCUGGCACAUGUGGCAGCGCCUCUGGAGCCGUCAUUCUAAGUUCAGCUAUUGAUUUGAUGAUCUCUAUAGGACGUGGUCAGAUUUACUUAUUAGGGACAGAAAAACCGGCAAAACACAGGUUAAAAAUCAAUGAUGAGAAUCUCCGAGGAUAUGUGAGCUCUCAAAUCAGCUUCAGAUCGCAAGGUAACAUAUGCAGAAGAUGGGGAAGGAAAAUCCAUGAGUAUGUCUACAAAGUAUAUCAAAAGCUCAAGUAUGAUCACUUUGUAAGGAUCGAAUCAUGGUGAGAAGACGAGAAGAGUUAUGAUUGAUGAAUGUCUGGUAUGUAUUAAGUGGUAAAAAGAGUCUCAAUCAAAGCAAGUAGCAAGUCAGUCUGCGCAUAGCAUACUUUUUCAACUAUUCUCCUUUCCUUGUUGAAGGGGAAUGGAAAUCAAAACUUCAACACGUAUGAUCGCUUUGUAAGGAUCAAAUCAUGGUGAAAAGAUGAGAAUUGAGUUAUGAUUGAUGAAAGUCUGGUACAAAAGUGGAAGCUUGACAUCCUUCACUGGAGUUUAUAAGCCAUACUCUAAUCGGGAAAGAUUAGAAUUUU